AUGGACAAGGUCUGGAGUAGAAGCAAACAGAGUCGGAACUUGAGUCUUGAAUCUCGGGUGUUGGGUGUCGGUUGUCGGUUGUCGGGUGUCGGGUGUUGGGUGUUGGGUGUUGGGGUGUUGGGUGUUGGGUGUUGGGUGUUGGGUGUUGGUCAGGGCUCGGAUAUUGGUACACUUCACUUGAUUUUCGGUAGUUGGAACUUGGCAUUUGGCAUUUGGCAUUUGACGAUCGGAAGUGUGCUGGACAUCACAUAUUCAUUUGUCGAGACCCGGGUCUCGGAACUUGGUACACUUCGCUCGAGUUUCCACUUCACCCCUUUGCAAGGCUCCAUGCCAUACUACAUCAUUAGAUGA